UGUUUUCAGCUGACGCGAAGGAUCUUUUUUCUCUCUCACUAACUAACCAGGGCAGAUUUUCGAUUCCUGAAAAGACAUUCCCACCGAAAGAGAUAGAUGAGUGAGGGACAGAGAGAGAAAGAGUGAGGGAGUAGAAGAAAGAAAAGGAGUCGGGAAGGAAAGAUAGGAAUCUGCAAAGAUUUGGGACUAAGUAAAUUAUUGCAUUUCCUUCUCUCAGUUGACUUCAGACUGGAAGUAACAAAAAUUGAGCGAUUGAAUGCCUAGAGCCAAGCAAAAGAAUUGAGCACUCAUUUUCUCAUGCAAAGGGGGAGAGGGUAAAACAAAGUCAAGAGAAAUAAUCCCAUUUCUUGAUAAAAAAAUAUCAUUUUUACAUUCGUGCUUGUGGGGGAUUUAUUCCAGAGAGCCUCAGCAGUUAGUAAUGGUGGCUAGAAGGCUUCUGGGGCACGUCCUUAUCUUCAUCUGUCUGACACCCACAAGUGGAGCCCCGUCCAUCGAAAAUACCGAGGAGGAGCCUUCCACUCAGGACAAAUGCGUCCGGUGUUGUAAUCCACAUGAAUACCCAGUGCAUCCAACCACAAAAACCAAUCCAGUGCCAGGCCCGCACCAGACCGGUUAUUACCCACCAUAUCCCAUGCCUCACAUCCAUCCGCACAUCAAUAUCACCAUUCUCAAAGGGGACAAAGGUGAAAAGGGCGAACGGGGGCCGCAAGGGAAACAUGGCAAGGAAGGCCCAAUAGGAAUACAAGGCCCAAUGGGGCUUAAAGGAGACCGGGGUCAGGCAGGAAUACCUGGCGAUUCAUACAAGCAACACUACUCGGCCUUCUCUGUAGGCCGCAAGAAAGGACUACACAGCAGCGAUUACUAUCAAACCCUGGUCUUUGACACGACCUUUGUGAACCUCCACGGCCAUUUCAACAUGUUCAAGGGCAAGUUCUACUGCUACAUCCCUGGCAUUUACUACUUCAACCUCAAUAUCCACACGUGGAACUUUAAGGAGACCUAUCUCCACAUCAUGAAGAAUGACCAGGACAUGGUCAUCUGCUAUGCACAGCCCAGUGACCGCAGCAUCAUGCAGAGCCAGAGCAUCAUGCUGGAGCUGCAGGAGAACGAUGAAGUUUGGGUGCGCCUUUACAAGCGGGAGCGGGAAAACGCUGUCUACAGCGAUGAUGUUGACAUUUAUGUCACCUUCAAUGGUUAUUUGAUAAAACCCAACCUGGACUGAGAUACAUCUUCAUUUCUUCCUUUCUCUCUUUCUCUCUCUCUGUCUUCUCUGUGGAGAAAUAUUGUCCAUUACUUGAUAAAACCAACAUGGACUAAAACACCUUGAAUUCUUCCAUUCUCUCUCCUGUCUGUGGAGAAAUAUUGUCCAUUAUGUGAUAAAACCCAACAUGGACCAAGAUACAUCUUCAUUUCUUCUGUUAUGUCUCUCUCUCUCUCUUUCUCUCUCUUUCUUCUUUGUGGAGAAAUAUUGUCCAUUACUUGAUAGAACCAACAUGGACUAAGAUGUCUCUUCAUAUCUUCCAUUAUAUCUCUCUCUCUCUCUUCUCUGUGGAGAAGUAUUGUUCAUUAUUUGAUAAAACCCAACAUGAACUAAUAUUACUCUUCAUUUCUUCCAUUAUGCCUCUCUCUUUCUCUCUCUUUCUCUCUCUCUCUCUCUCUCUCUCUGUCUGUAUGGGAAAAUAUUGUCCAUCGGAGGGAAGACCAUUAAGUUAUAAGUGGGACCAUUUCUGCAGCUACCCAAUUUAAAAAGACUUCAUUUACCUAUGUGGAAUCACCCAUCUUCUUUUUCUUUAGCCACAUUGGUGUCAAAACAAAAGUAUACUUCUUUAAAGCAGUGCUAAAAGGACUAAAAAUAAUGUGUAGAUUUAGGGCCUGCAUUUUUCUUCUCGAUAACAGACCCAGUGCAAAAAUUUCACAUUUCCCAUGGCAACUAAGUGUUCAUGUGAAACACAGUUAAGUUUGAUGAACAGGGUGUGCAGACACACACUAGGCCCCAUUUCAAAAUCAGAAACUCUGCACAGUUCCCUUUUAAUAAAUUAUGAGCCUACAUCCUCAAAAUGCCUUUCAUGGCUUCAGGAAAUUCCAAAGUGCUUUGCGGUGAAUAGGCUGAUGUUGCAGGCCUCUGCGGUAACAUAGAAAUGCAGCAGCACAGCAGGAUCCCACACCUAGCCGCAUCAUAGCGGCCCAUUAGGGGGACAAGAGCAACAUGUCAUGGAUGCUGGAGACCUGAACUAAAAAAAUAGAGCAUUCUUUCGAAAACACAGCAGGGCUGGAAACUCCUGUAAAGAGAGAAACAGUUAACACUUCGACUCUCAUUCAGAGUCAAUUUGACUGUUUUGUGGAACUUCCUUCAUGAGUUGGUUGAGAGAUAAAUCAGCAUGGAUACUACCUACUCGAUGAAAUGGUGCUAUGGUGUUUUUCACAUUCUCCUCACAGAUAUAUUACCUCAUCCGUAAGAAAAAGGGCAUCUUUGACAGUGCAGCAGUCCCUCAGGGCUGGCCAAAUCGGGACCCAUGUAUUCUCACAUCAGCUGAGUUACCAUGAAAGACCCUCCUUCUCAAACAAAAACCGAAAUAACUGUGGAUGCUGGAAAUCAGAAACAAAAGCAGAAGCUGCUGGAGAAACUCAGGAGGUCUGGCAGCAUCUGUGGAGUAAGAAAGCAAAGUUAACAUUUCAGGCCCAGUUGAGUCCUUGUUUCCUCUUCUCAACCUUGCCCAGUGAUCCUCAGAUUAAACCAUUACCAGUUGUCUCUCUCUCUCUCUAAUGAAUCUCUCUCUAUGGCCCGAUCGACGAUGGUGACUUUGUCUGUAUAUUCAGGGUGGACUGUACCAAAGGGAAGAUAUAUGUUGUAUGUAGUGUUGUUAAUCAGCAUUUUUAUAUGCAUAUACUCUCUGUGUGGUAUUGUGUAUUUUCCACAUCUCACAAAAGUGCAAAUUGCUAAGUGUGCAACAGAUUUCUUCCUCAAACAUUUUAAAAUACCUCUGUGACCAUGAGUGAUCUGCACCCAUGCUUGUCCCAGCUCAGCAUUGCCGCUGUUUGCUCCCUUUGCUCAGUGCUCGUGUCCAGUCUUAAGCAAUCAAGCUCAGACAGCAUGGACAAUUUACCAAGCUUUGAACAAUGGAACGCUGCAGUGGGAUUACUGUAUUUGUUCUUUAACAGAGUGCUAUCACAAACAUGUCAAUUUGUUGCUUUCCUCCAACCUCAGAGCUCCACGCUGGCUAGUUUCCUUUUGCGGAGGUUGAAAAGGGACAAAAUUAUCAGUCAGGGUCAGCAAUGGACAGAUAUGCUGAGUGCCAAACCCACUAUGAUGACUCCGUGUCUGGCCAAGAGAAAAAUCUGAUACAUCUUCCAAAGAACUCCCAUAAUGUGGAAGCAGGUCGUCCAGCCCACCCCGACCCUCCAAAGAGCAUCCAGGCCUGCAGAACCCUGCAUCCGCCAUGGCUAACCCACUUAGCCUGCACAUCCCUGGACACUAAGAGACAAUUUAGUGUGGCCAAUCCACCUAAUCCGCACACAUUUGGACUGGGAAACUGGAGCACCCAGAGGAAACCCAUGCAGAGAACGUACCAAUUCCACAGAUGCCCAAAGGUGGCGUCAAACCCAGAUCCCUGGUGCUGUGAGGCAACAGUGUUAACCACUGAGCCACUGUGCCUCCCUUGCCAGGCUACAUGACUAAGCCUGGCCAGCACUUAAUAAUUUACAAGCAUCCGUCCACCUGGAAACGCCUCAGCAACAGCAGUUACCCUCCAAUUGACCUUGGCAUGUACGAUAGACCAAGUUUUCCAAAGCAGGAAAUUAGUGUCCUGCACAUAAUUUUAAUUCAUUUUCUUCUUAAAUAGCAUACCAAUAAAUGGUGCGCAAUACCACACUCAUCUCUUGGGCCACUACCUCUCACUGCGCUCCGAGUUGCAUUCAUUGGGCACAUGGAUUGGGGUUUCUCCAGGAAUGUGGCCUCAUUUGGUCUACUGCGUGCCUCCCUCUACUGUCUACAGAGUGGGCGCACUUUCAGAGGUGGGAGAUUACCAGGGUGGGCAGGGUGCAGGGUUGGUGGUACAAAGGCAAGAAAAGGACCUUGGGGAUCAUUGCUGGAAUUUCUUAAUGGCCAGUCUGUCUCCAGUCAGGUUAGAGUGAGACUGGGAAUAUUUCUCUCAAUCAGAUGGAAACUGUCUAUCAAAGGGAGAGUUCAGAGGGUGGGAGGUGAGGCUGUUGCAUGAUUUCCUCCUUGCGGGUCAGCUAUAUCAAAGAAUAAAUCUUUAUUCUUUUCCUUUGGUUUUCUUUACCUGCUCCUCAUCUCAGGGAGUGGCAGAUCCUGGAGUUUAGCUCAACGGGGUUUAGCCAUUCCACAUGACUCAUGGUGCGGAAUUAGAUGUUCUGGUUUGGUGUUUUGCUUAAGAAAUCGGUGCAAGAAAUCUAAGUUGGUUUUCAAUGUGUGAGACAGUGGAGCGGCACUGUUGUUUUGAUGAGAUAUUAAGCUUAGGCCUGACCUUCCCAUUCAGGAGGAUCCCAUUGCGCUGUUCAAAGAAGAUUUGAAGAGAUGUCCCUCAUGCCCUGGCCACGAUUUAUCCCUUAUCGCUAUCACUAAAACAGGUUUAGUCAAUCCUAGCUCUUCAUGGGAGCUUGCUGUGUGCAUAUUGGCUGCCGUCCUUUGAUGUUGACCACACUUCGAAAGGGUUUCACUGACUCUAGAUGUGCAUUAUGCACAUCCUCAAGUGCUGUAGAAUUGCAGUUCUUGGUUGUUGCAGUAGGCCAAUGGCUGUACCCAGUUCUCAGGCUCAGAGGACAAUUUCUCAGAACUUGACUGCCUUCACACGGCAUCUGCAGCCGUUUGCUCUGCAAAUAGGUUCCCCCUCCCAGACAAUGUUUACCUCCUCCAGUGCCUGUGCACUAGCGAUGUUCUCCAAAGAAGGGCAUUGUGGGAGUACAUCCUAGUGAGGCACGUCUGCUCCUCUUCCCUCAUCUGCCGACCUCAACGAGAUGGGUUAAUGGUUCAGGGGAAGGAGUAAGUUUCAGUGUUUCCUGUUCUACCCCAAACCAGGAGAGUCUACUGUCUGGUCUCUUAGCAAAAAGCAGCUCCCCUGGCAAUAGCUAAUAUGGCUUUGAAAUCAAUUAUGCUGUCAAUCCUACUGUCAACUCUCUUAUUCACAGCAUUUUGUCCUCAUUAAGGGCCACUAUCUUACCACAUUUAUAUGAGUCAACGGAUAUUUGGGCAUCUAAUUAUCAAACUAACCAAUACUGAAAGCACAUCGCCUGUCAGGAGUCACCAUUGUCCCAUACCACAGCUCUCUCAUCGGGGAGAGAGAGAGAGAGAGAGAUAGCUGGUGGUGGUUUAACCUGAGGGUCACCAAGCGGCAAGGUCGAGAGGGUAGGAUAUUCCUGAUAACCUCAGCUGGUGAUGGAAUUGAACCCACACUGUUGGCAUAACCCAACAUCAGUUAUCAUCGUCCAAUCAAUUGAGUUAACCAAUGCCCUGCUAUAUUGAAGUGUACAAAUAGUUACGUAUGUCUCAGAGCAGAGAUGACACUAGCUUGUAAGUAUACAAUAAGAUUAUUCACAAAUUUUAAAGAAUUUCUGCAAACAGGACACAUCCACACUCAGGCUUAUAGUUCAGCUUCUGCCAGCUUUCAGUGAUGCCUAUUUAUUUUGCUCGAGUCCAUACCUGAGUUUAAUCAAUCAAGUCCAGUGAACGUACAUCAGUUCCUAGACUCACUUCAUCAAACAUCAAACAACUAGACACCACGCAUGGUGUAACAAAGGUGCUCGUUUCCAAUAUGUGUAAAACAAUGUCACAAAGUAAGUCUUAAAUUGAGGUGUUAGAUCACCCCUUACUGUCUAUUUCAUAUUCAGCUGGUGAAUGUAGGUUUUGAUAUGUAUAUAUAAGUCGAUAAAACCUGGAAUUCCCUUUCUGCUGCUCUGUCCUCUUUUUUAGGUGCUUCCAAAAACCUACCUCUCUGACAAAACUUUUGGUCACGUAUCUGAACGUGGGCUUAGUGCUAAAUGCUGUUCGAUAACACCCACAUCAACAACUUAGGGUGCUUUACGACAUUAAAGGUGCUACAUAAAUGCAGGUCGCUGGUUGAUGAGAUGGAGGGGUUAACGCCUGCAGAUGACCUCGUGGUCUGACUGCCAUCCCAGUGAGGCAGACAGUUACCACAUUACACACAGGGCAGAAGGCUGAGGCUACGGGAAUAUAUAUGGGACCACAGAGUGAGUCACAUCAUUCAGAGAUGAGUGGAUAUUUGUGUCUGUGUGGGGAGGGGCGGUUAGGUGCAAGGUUAAAUGCGCUAAAUAGGUCAUCUGUUUAACCAGCGGCAGAGCGUUUGUCUAAAAUAAUGCAAAGAACUGCAGAUGCUGGAAAUCUGCAGCUUAAACAGGGAAAUCGCUGUAGGAGAAAAAUCGCAAUUAAUGUUUCGGGCCCAGUGACUCUUCCUCAGAGCCAAGACGUUAAUUUUCUCCACAGUUGCUGCCAGACCUGCUGUGUUUCUCCAGCCAUUUCUGCGUGUGUUGUAGACUAUUUGCCAAUGGGUCAGCGUAUAAUCUGAAUGGUGGCUUUUCCAUGGGCAGGGCACAUUUUGUGGCAGCUGAAUCAAAAGCUAAUUUUUGUUUGCAAAAUAGUUCCGAUAGAUUUGGUGACUUUUCUGUCAGUAGCAAUCCACCAGAUGUGACACAAAGUGUUUUUUCUCUGCCUUUUUGUUCACAGACGCAAGCUUUGCUGGCUAGGUCAACAUUUAUUGUUCAUCACAAAUUGCCCAGAGGGCACUUAAAAGUCAACUGCAUCGCUGUGGGUCUGCAUUUCCCUUAUGGUUUGAUUUAUUAUUGUCAUAUGUACCUCGGUACAAUGAACAGUUUUGUUUUGCUUGCAGUUACAGGCAGAUCAUAACAUUAAAAGUGCAUUGGGGCAAUAGAACAGAGAGGAAUACAAUGUUAUGGCUGCUGAUUAAAGUUCAAGCUGGAGAGGUCCAUUCAGAAGGCAAAUAGCAGCUGGGAAGAAGCUUUUGAAGCUACAUGUAGGCUAGACCGCGAAAAGAUGGCAGAUUUCCUUCUCUGAAGGACAUACUGGAGCAGGGGAGUUUUUAUGAUAAUCACAUGGUCACCAUUUUCUUUAUUGAAUUCAAAUGUCACCAUGAGGUGUUGAUUUAGGAAGUCACUGGUUUAUCGGCCUAGUGACAUUAUCGCCACAUCUCCAUCUCUGACCUGUGUGCCCACCGUUCUUGUUCAAUUCACAGCAGAAGCAACGAUCCAGUGGAAAUCUCAGUCAUGAGUACCCCAUGCAUUCCCAUUAUCUCCGCACCACACCCUCAGGCUCUGGAAUGCCAUGUUUGAACUUUUCUGCCUUUUUCUCUCUCUCACUCUUGCCUCAUGUAAGGAGCUGCUUUAAACCUACCUCUUUCACCGAGCCUUUGGGCACAAGGGUUAAUGUCUUGUUUUUGAGCUCAGUGUCAAUUAUUGUCUGAUUACACCCCUAUGGCUUGCCUUGGGACUUUUUUUACUACAAUAA